AUGACUUCAAUGAAUCUCAACGGGAAACGCCGUCGCGUUGAACACUCUGCGUCGGGGCUCUCCAAGCCGUUCAAGUCUCCGCUUCGCCGCCCACCUCAGACCCCCGAGAACGAGUCAGAGGCCGAAAAGAAGGAAAACGAAGACUAUUCACCGAGACACGCAUCGCUAUCUAGCUCAACACGUGCCGAACCUACACCAGGGCAACCUCUCGAACCGACGACUCCCCUCUCGACGUCUUCCACCCGCCCCUCCUUCCAUCCUCGUACCCAACCUCCCUCCAAACGAAAGCUCCCCAGCAGCCACCUUACGCCUCCGAAGAAACCCAUCCUCUCUGAUCCAGCCGUUCUCGACCUCCAGAAACAGCAACGCGCUUUGCAGACCCGGCUGGCGGCCCUCCGCUCAGAACUGGACACCGCGCAGCAGGCUCUGCGCAUCGAGUCGUCGAACAAAGCCGCCGAUCUCGAGGCGCUCAUUGCGAAGUGGAGGUCCGUCAGCCAGAGCGCCGCGGAGGAGGUCUUCACUGGGGCGCAGGAACGGGUGUCGCGCAUGGGGGGCAUGAAGGCCUGGAAGGAGCGCAUGCGGACCGAGACGGCGCAGUGGGAGCGCGAGGAGAUAGAGGCAUGGUAUGGAGACGGAGAGGCUGAGGAAUUUGGGGUGGAUCGGGAGGAAUUGGAGAUGCGCAAGGCGGAGAUGAGCGAUCGGGUUGAGGUGAGCGAGGGGAAGAAGGAGGAUCUGAAGGAGUUGGAGGAUGAGGAGUUCACGAUGGAGGUGAUGUUGAAGACAUUGAACGUGGACUUGAAGGUCAUCGGGCGUCGCGGCACUGAAUGUCUGCCCGUCAAAUCCAACAAAGAUGGAGAAGACAUCACCGUUCCGCUCAAAUACCUGAAAUAUCUGGAGUCGCGCGUGGCCGAGCUUGAAGAUGGGCAGAAUGUCCCCCAAACGUCGCCACCGGUCCGUGAUAUGGGCGUCCAAACCGAUCCCGUGGAUGAACCUCACCAUGUUGAGGACAUGUCACUCGACAAGCUCCCUCUCAACCGCAGCCCCGGGGGAUGGCGUGUGAUCCUUCACCAGUUGCUUUUGCAUCCGGGGAGUUAUCCGGUCUCUGGGGCAGAUCAAUACCCGGGGCAUGCUUCGGGCACAGGGCACGAGCUCGUGCUGCUACCUGAUCCCCGAACCCAGCCGCAACGGUUAGAGGAACCGUUGAUUUCAAGGCUUGCGUAUGAAAUUUACCAAGAUGAUAUGAGCAUCGAUCAGCACACUGGCUCGCCGCAUACGCUCGCCUUCACGGGGGAGUUCUCCUCAUGGCUGGAGGAAAUCUACACAAAUGUCUACUUCUCCAUCAACCACUGGGUGUGGCCAUUCCUUGACUGGGAGACGUGGAGAUCCUGGCGCCAGGAAUGGAGUGUCGAGGCGGAGACGGAUCAGUGGAAGGGUUUCUUCGUGCAGAUGGUAUAUGCCGUAGGAGCUCUGUCAUGUAACGCCUUCCAACCGGAUCAUGGCCAUUCGAUGCGCGCAUCGGAGUUUUACACUUCCGCCUUGGUCUACUACCCCUUUGUCAUGGAACAUCCGUCCACCAUUCUCCAGAUACAGGCGUCUAUAUUCAUGAUUCUAUACGCCCUACAGUGUCCUUCGUCCGAGGAGAUGGCGACGACGGUUUCUUCCAUCGUGCCGUUCUGCAUUGCGUCCAUGGCGGAGAUUAGAAAACACGCAUCCUCGAAUAUAGGCGAUGCACCAAGUCCUACAAUAGGCACCGAUGGGGUCAUCACCGAGUCGUUGUUCAUUACGUGUUACAUGUUGAACGAGAUUGUUGUGUCUGGAUGGGAGCGACCGGUUUCUGCUGCUUACAAGGCUAUUGAUGACGAUAUCUAUAACCUCGGCAAUGAGAUGCCCUCCUCAUCCGGCACGAGCAAGGCAUUGAGACACUUGUUCAAGUUGCGCAAGAUCCAAUCCAACAUCCGCCGACAUUGGGAUGAAUCUCGACCGCAGCAGGAAUCGAGCGACUCCCUUCUCAAAUCGGAGUUGACUGCGUGGAGAGAUGAGAUACCUCGAUAUAGCAUCGGCGGAUCACCGAGCACAUACCUUCAUCCUCUGUGGAUGGCGAAUCUCUACGACUACAGUAUCAUAAUACUAAUGCAAGAAAAGCGCCGUCGAUUGAAAGACGAAGACAUCGAGGAUAUUCUAUCCGCCAGCGUCGAAGUCUGUUUGAGUUUUCGCCGUCUCCAGGAAGAAGGUCAAGUGAUGUGCUAUACUUGGUCUGCGGUAAGCUACCUCCGGGAAAGUCUGAAAUGGCCGGGAUAG